UGUAUUGUAUAUCUCAACGAACACACUUCGUUCCUUAUGUCGAUUUUUGGGAGGAGUGAACGGAGCACUGAUACUUCUGAACGGGUUGGUUUAUUAUUGGACAAGAAUGCAGGGGCUAAGAAAAAUGGAUUUGGAGAAAAGUCCAAACACACACCAAAGGAAGCGCCUUUUGGAAGAAAGGCUGCGGUGAUGGCCGCAUGCCUGGCCCAGCAGUUUGUGUGUAUCGGUAUGGGGUACGGGUACAGUGUCAUGUACGCCGAACUUGUGAUCGCUCUCGACGUUUCCCGCUCAGUGGCUUCUCUUACCGCGGCCUUCUACUUCGCCACCGUGAACAUUGGAGGGCUUUUCUUUACCGGUUUAAUCAGGAAGUUUGGGCCAGGAAGAAGCAUUGUCGUAGGAUCAUUCAUCGGAAGUGUUGGACUCUUUGCCAGCGGAUUUUCACCAAAUAUCACCGGAAUUAUCCUAUUGUCGGGGGUAUUGACUGGCUUCGGGAUGAGUGUCUGUUAUCUGGCCGGCUUUAUUGCAGUGAGUUGGAUGUUCCACAAAAAUGCUGGACUGGCUUUGGCCUCUCUUACGAUUGGGUCAAGUGUAGGACAGUUUGCUGCUCCUCUGCUUUAUGAAUCAACCAUAGCGGAAUACACGUGGAGGGGGUCAUUCAUUGUGUUGUCCGCGCUCCCCCUCCAGUGCCUCAUUGCUGGUGUGUUGAUACAUUGCUCAAGGGACUACUUUGUUACUGGGGCGGAAGCACAACCGGAGGACUACCAUGACGGUGCAAGUUCACCAAAGCAACGCUCUGUGUACUUAAGCCUCAUUUUUGAUCGGUUGAUGAUAAUCAUUUUGAUAAAUUUCUUCACGUUGUCGUUAACAGGUAAUGUCGAGGCAUGGUUUAUCGUCGACAUGCUGGUGUCACGUGGUAUGACAAGACAGGCGGGUUCUGUGGCCGCCUCUGCAAUUGGUCUUGCCAAUGUUGUGGGCAGACUGGUAGCGACCAUCACCAGAUAUAAACUGCCAAAUAUCCCGACCGUCUAUCACUGGAUCUACUUAUGCCCCUUGACAGCUGUUACACAUUUCCUCAUAAUAAUUUUGCCCCAGUACUCGACCAUACUGGCAUUAUGUGUCUUGUACGGGAUAGUAUUUGGCAUCACAGUUGCCCAAGCCCCAGCGAUCAUGUUUGAAGCUACAGGUCUCAGUAGGUAUCCGCAGGGUAUGGCUCUGAUGAAUGUUGUUUACGGCGUUGGGGACGCAAUCAGCGCCGUUGUUGGUGGGUAUAUUAAGGAUGCAACCGGUACCUACAACAUUGCGUUUUACAUAGCAGGCGCUGUUUGCAUUUACAAUGGAGUCACUAGCGUGCUUGCGUCAUAUUACGUGAGGGAAAGAAACAAGAUGCCACGUCACGAUGCUGGGCUGACCGUUAAAAGGGAAACCAGGCAACGGCUUAUAUCUUCCACGAGAAUCCAUCCGUAGAAAGAACAAAAAUGCCGUGUGUUUACUUACAGCUUUCACAUUGAAAGGUGCUAAAAUAUUUUCAGUUGAAAACUUAUUUAUGAAUAUUAGGGAACGGUUGGACACGACUUGAAUUGUGCUUUUAAAAAGUAUAACAUUGUUGUGGCGUUUGUAUGGAUGCGUUUUUAUGUACGCGAUAUGUUUAUUCGAUCAUCUCGUUAACUUUUACAUACAUUCAUCCAUACAUUUAUGAGGGAUAAAAAUUUUAUUGAUUUAAAGGGACGGGUCAAGGAAUUGACGUUAGAGGGGCGUGACUUCGGGGCGUAACCUUUUGACAUGCACCCCGGAUUGGGGUUUGGAGUUACUCCUCAAACAUUUUUUAGCCAUUUGUAAUCAGAAAUGGUGCGUGUAUUAUUACUUUUCUACCACCAAUAUUGAAAUAAAAAGUCAAAUUGGACGUUUGUAAAUCCGCUAGUGAUUUAUAUAUACAUGUUAACGCCGUACGUGUUUUAGUUUUUUUUGCUUUAUUGGUUGAUGUUUAGCUAUUGAUGUAUAUACAGUUAAUUUUUGUAAUAAUAUUGGUAAUACUG